AUGCAGAGCAUGGUGGGCUCUGCCCUUGCUCGCCAUGAAACCAUAUCCGAUGCUGCAUCGCUCGCAACCAUCGAUCGGCCCCCCAGUCUGGUGGAGAGGCUACCGCCAUCCAAGAUUUACCACCCUUAUUCGCCUCCUGUACUUGCGCUCUUGAUGCCCGCUUCUGUCUUUGGAUGUCUGGCGAGAUUGGGUCUCGAGGCACUGGUGGAUUAUGAUGGAAAGAGCAUCUUCCCAUUAGCCUGGGUGCAAGUGGGUGGAUGUCUUGUGAUAGGGUUUGGUCUGGGUUUACGGGACCCCUUCGGUAGAUUUUAUGCUCCAUUGUACACCGCCUUGACAACAGGUUUCUGUGGAUCGUUUACCACAUUCUCGACAUGGCAGCUGCAGGUUUUCAAAGCAUGGAUCAACGCCGGCCACUAUCACCGCGACUGGUUGCGAGAUGUGAUUGAUGGUCUGACCCAGCUGAUCUUCACACUCGCCUUGUCGCUCAUCUCCGUAGAGUUUGGCGCACACUUAGCAUCUAUCAUCUCGCCCGUGUUCCCAGCGUUGCCCACGCCAAACCGCUUCAUCCGCUACAGCCUCACGGUGCUCUCAGUGUUCAUCUACUUUGCCACGUAUCCAGCCUACUUCCGGAUGCCGAUGAGCUUCCGCCACCAAGCCACCUCUGCGUUGCUGUACUCCUUCCCUGGGACCUUGACACGCUACCUGCUGUCAAUCGAGCUCAAUCCCCGCUUCCAUCUCUUCCCUGUUGGCACAUUCGCGGCCAACAUCCUCGGCGUAGCCUUAAUCGCAAUGUUCACGGUCCUGCAGAGUACCCGUGGGCCGCCGUCUCCGAAUGCUUGCGACGUACUCGUCGGCCUUGUCAACGGGUAUUGCGGCUGCCUGACUACGGUCAGUACUUUUGCGGCGGAGGUGGCUGCGUUGGAGAAUAAGAAAUCAUGGUUCUACAUCAUGCUCAGCGUUGUUACAUCACAGUGCGUGCUGCUUCUGAUUCUGGGUCCUUCGUACUGGGCGGGGAAUGUGAGCAAUGAGAUCACUUGCGUCUACUCAUAG